AUGGCUCCCACAACUACCACCAAGACCGUUGAGGAUCCUCCCAAGGAGAGCCCUCCUCCCAAGAAGCUUCCAGAGAUGAGCGAAGUCCUGGACAAGAGCACUUUUGAGCAGAUCUUGGAAAUGGACGACGAUGACGACAGGGAUUUCAGCAAGGGCAUCGUGUAUGGAUUCUUCGAUCAGGCCGAAACCACGUUCGAGAAGAUGGAGAAGGCUUUAGAGGACAAGAAGCUAGCAGAGCUCUCUUCACUUGGACAUUUCCUGAAAGGAUCGUCAGCGACUCUGGGUUUAAACAAGGUCAAAGAUCACUGCGAGAAGAUCCAGCAUUACGGUGCUGGUAAAGAUGAGACCGGCACUGCCGACGAACCCGAUGAGGAGACCUCGCUAAAGCACAUCAAGGAAACUCUGGUUGAAGUCAAAAAGGACUAUAAAGAAGUAGAGCAGGUUCUCCGCAACUUUUACGGCGAGAAGAAGUCCCCCGAGGUCUCCUCGCCCUCCUCCAAAUAG